AUGGCCGAUUCUGUCUUCUCUACCAACAAAAGAGAUCCUAUUAAAUCAUCAGUUGGGAGUGUCGCGGGUAGUAGAAGACGGCAACAUGCAGUUACAGUUGGGAAAGAAAGGAGGGAAUCGUUGGUGCGAGCGAAACGGCUUUGUAGGGUUGGAGUUAGUGAGGGUGAAGUUGAUGUUGAGGGUGAGGGUGAGAUGAUGAUUGAUGAAGAACAGUCUAUUUUGGAGUCUCAAACUUUAUUGGCAGUUGAAAAUUUGAAAUCUGCACUUGCUUUUCAGGGGAAGGGUGCAGUGCAGAAAAGAGUAAGCGCUCUUCAAGAAUUAAGGCGUUUACUGUCAAGAUCUGAAUUUCCUCCUGUUGAGUCUGCUGUUAAAGCUGGAGCCGUUGCCAUACUAGUGCAGUGUCUUUCAUUUGGUUCACCAGAUGAACAGUUGCUUGAAGCUGCUUGGUGUCUCACAAACAUUGCUGCAGGGAAUCCAGAAGAAACAAAAGCUUUGCUGCCUGCAUUGCCUUUGCUUAUUGCUCACCUCGGGGAAAAGAGCUCCUCACCUGUUGCUGAACAGUGUGCUUGGGCACUAGGAAAUGUGGCUGGUGAAGAUGAAGAGUUGAGGAAUGUUCUUCUAAUUCAAGGGGCUUUAAUACCUCUUGCUAGAAUGAUGCUACCAAACAGGCGUUCAACUGUUAGAACCGCUGCCUGGGCUUUGUCUAAUCUAAUCAAGGGUCCAAAUCCUAAAGCUGCUAACGAGCUCAUUCGUGUUGAUGGAGUAUUGGAUUCAAUUGUUCGACACUUGACGAAAGCGGAUGAUGAAUCAGCAACUGAAGUAGCAUGGGUAGUUGUUUACCUAUCGUCUCUUUCAAAUUUAGCUACGAGCAUGCUGGUGAAGAGUGACGUGCUUCAAUUGCUUUUAAAUAGAUUAGCAACAUCAAACAGUUUGCAAUUAAUAAUACCGGUUUUGCGAAGCUUAGGUAAUCUAAUUGCCGGUGAUUCCCAUGCAAGUUAUGCCGUUCUUGUUCCUGGACUUGAAGUUACAGAUACUGCCAUACAAGUCUUGAUAAAAUGUCUGAAAAGUGAACACAGGGUCUUAAAGAAGGAAGCAGCUUGGGUGCUGUCUAAUAUAGCUGCUGGUUCUGUUGAGCACAAGCAGUUGAUAUAUUCUAGCGAGGCAAUGUCUUUGCUAUUGCAUCUUCUUUCCGCUGCACCGUUUGAUAUAAGAAAGGAAGUUGCUUACGUAUUAGGAAACCUUUGUGUUGCCCCAACUAAAGGUGACAAGAAGCCAAAUCUGAUCCCGGGGCAUCUGGUUUCACUUGUUGAAAAAGGAUGUUUACCAGGUUUUAUUGAUUUGGUUAGAUCUGCUGACAUUGAAGCUGCUAGGCUAGGGCUUCAAUUCAUAGAACUCGUCCUGAGAGGGAUGCCAAAUGGAAAGGGCCCAAAGCUUGUAGAACAAGAAGAUGGGAUUGAAGCCAUGGAAAGAUUUCAGUUUCACGAAAAUGAGGACUUGAGAACUAUGGCAAACAGUCUAGUUGACAAGUAUUUUGGGGAGGACUAUGGGCUGGAUGAGUAG